GAAUGCUGUGGAUCUUCUUUCACAUCACGAAAAAUGGUUCCAGCCCACAAAAAGAACAAAAGGGGCUCCCAACCAAUCCGCAACUCUCAAAGGGAACUCAGGAGACGGAAAGCAGGAACGUACAACAAAAAAGAUUCGAAUGGAACAACACCACCCGUCGAUGGCUGCACAAAAAGCCCAAACAUACCGCUGAGCAGGAAGCUCACACCUGAGAAGCACGUCAGUACUAUCCAAGGCACACAAGCCCAGAACACUAUGCACUUGAGCAGUAGCAAGAGUACAACAGAUUCCGACAGGUCUGGCCAUAAAGACACAACAAUCUUGACCCCUGUCUAUCGAAACCUGAGAUCAAUAACCAGCAACAAGCAAGUAGCCGCGGGCUAUCAGAACCUGCCACAAUGGACCGAAAAGAUUGAAAGACAAUUCGGUUUUAAUCAAUCACAAUGGGACUCCUUGAAAAACGUCUCGGUUUAUCACAUACGGGGAAUGACGGAAAAAAGUCCCGAGAUACCCUGGGAAGAAUACAGUGAUGAGGAAAGAGAAGAAUGCUUCGAGGAGAUUAGCAGAAUGUUUAGGGUAAUCACUGAGAAGGUUGUCACGUCAGCUGACCUUGAGUUGUUAAUACCAUGGUUUAUGGAUCCACAAAACAAUGCUCUAAGAAAGGAUGCGGGAGAUAAGAAGGCAGCGGCUAUCCGCAACGACAAGGAGAAUUUACACGUACAGUCGAGCAACGGCCUUGCGCCUCCCGACCCUUUGCCUGCUAUCCACUGCAUGCACUUCGAUGCUACUGGGAACACGAAAAUAGAUGCCGAUAAGUUCGACGACGACAAAAAAGCAACCUUGACCAGAAUAUUCGACCCCAUUAGAAACAGGUGGAUAUUAAAUGACCACCGCUAAAGAUUAUGUUUGAUAUCAAUCCACUUCAUUACAUCU